AUGCGUCUCACAAUCCUAUCCAUUCUGCUUGCCUUCCUCUUCGUUUUGACGCUUGGCGCAGCCCCGCAGAAAGCAAUCGUUGUCUCCUUUGCAGACCCGAACACUCCUCAGUCAGAAGUCGACAAAGCAAUGCAAGCGAUCAAGGACGCUGGCGGUAUGAUCACACAUGAAUACAAACUCUUCAAAGGCUUCGCAGCGAAGGCAUCCGAGUCGGCAAUUGAAGCGAUCCAGGCUCUAGGCAGCAAAUAUGUUCCUACGAUUGAGCAGGAUAUCACCUUCUCGACACAAGAUCAGUGA